AUGGAUUAUAAUCCAUAUGCAAAUUAUGUUGAUCUUCUUAAUAGUCAACAUGAAAGUGUGACUUCUUUAGACUCUCCGCCAGUUCAUGUGGCUCGCACUGAAGGCACUGAAGAUUCAUGCUUCGGUGACACUCCUGCAGAGCGUAGAGAGCGAAGAACCUGGACGCCUACAGAUGAUAUAGUUCUAAUUAGCUCGUGGUUAAACACUUCUAAAGAUCCCGUUGUAGGGAAUGAGCAAAAGUCACGUGCAUUCUGGAAGAGAACUGCGGCCUUCUUUGCGGCUAGUCCUAAGCUUGCAGGCUGUGAAAGAAGAGAGUCAAUGCACUGCAAGCAACGUUGGCACAAGAUCAAUGAUCUUGUAAGCUCUAAAAAGAGGAAGUGUGAGGACGGUUCACAAUCCUCAACAUCUCACGCAACUAACUACAAGGCUGGUGAAGCGGAUGAGGGAACUGCUAGGCCCACUGGUGAUAAGGCAGCGAAGAGCCGUGGACAGAAGACAAUGGAAGAGGGGAAGGGGCUGGCCGAGUUUGAGCGUAUGUGGUCCAUUAAACAAGAGGAUUUGACUAGGAAAGAAAGACUCCUGAAGUUGGGUCUACUUGACCGUCUACUAGCAAAGACAGAACCAUUGGCUGAGUACGAAGAAGCUCUAAAAAAGAACCUCAUAAACGAGUUGUUCUCCACUUAG